AUGACUGAAGUCGACGCGAUGGGUUUGCCUGUAGGUGAUCAAGGUCGGGAAGAGCAAAUUCAAAGGCUCGUACGAGAGAAUCGCGAGAUCACAUUGAAAUACGGAUUACUUCAUAAGAACUACUUAAAACUUCGAGACCUUGUAACUACCAUCAAAGAAAAUGGGAAGAAGGAACGAGCGGAGUUUGUUGAGAGUGUGACCGAUUUACGAGCCAGAAACAAAGGCAGAACAGAGAGAUUGGCCCGUAAAGUGACAGAGUUGCAGGCAGUUAUAGCAUCUCCAAACAGUAGCCAAAGUAGGUGUGUGAGCUGCGUUGGGAAAGAUUUGGCCAUAGGUGAGAAGAAUGCGACAAUUGUUGAGAAAGAUACGGCAAUUGGUGUCCUUACAGAGGAGAAAGAAGCACUUGAUAAGGAACUGGAGUCACUGAGGAGUGGCGACCAAGGUGAUGCCAAAGCUUGUGAGCAGUGUGUGAUCAAAGAUGACACUAUCUACGCUCUUGCCGUUGAACUGGAACAGAGCAAGUCGAUGAAUGAGGAUAAGGCAGGUGUAUGUGAGAGUUGUGUCGAGAAGGACACACGGAUUGAAAAACUAGAAACCGAAAAAAAUGUCAAAGUGGCCGAGAUCAAGGAAAAGGAUACCAAACUCGAUGAACUAGAAACAGAAUGUGCGGAAUACAUUGUAGUUAUUGAGGAAAUGAAGGAGAGUUCCGAUGAGAAAGAUAGGGAGAUCGAGGAACUGAUGGCAGACACGGCUAAGGAGUGCGACGGGUGUGCCGAAAAGAGCGCGACUAUUGACGACCUCAACGGCAGUUGCCAUGAGAAGCAUAUACGGAUCGACGAGCUAGUUGCCGAGAAAUCCAACAACGAGGUAGAUAUGAAGAAGUGUGAUGAGUGCGCAGAGAAGGACGCAAAGGUGAAGGAAUUGGAACCAACGGUCGAACAACUAGAAUCAACGGUCGAGCAACUGGAGUCGGGAAAGAAUAAGGAGUGUGACGAUUGUGCAGAGAAGAGUACGGUUAUUGAAGAACUUGCUGAACGAUGCGAUGAGAAAGAGACACGAGUCGCUGAGCUGGAGGCGGAGAUGAGUAAGGAGUGCGAUGGUUGUGCUGAAAAGAGCACAGCUAUGGCAGAACUCGCAGAACGUUGCGAUGAGAAGGACACUAGAAUCACUGAACUGGAGGCAGAGUGCGCGGAUAAGAGUGCAGCUGCGGAGGAACUCGCACAGCUCUGCGACGAGAAAGAGACAAUAAUCGAUGAUCUCGAACGCGAGAUGGAGAGCAAGGACACAGAGCGCAAGGAGUGUGAUGAGUGUGCGGACAGAGACGCAGUCAUCGAAGGACUGACAAUCGAGUUAGAUAAAGCGUUGAACAACGAUGAGGUUAGUACCACCGAGUGCAGUGAGUGUGCAGACAAAGACACAAGGAUCUCUGAAUUGUGUGAGGCACUCGCGACGACUGGUGACAACAAUAUAGUGGUGGCUGCGAGUAAUCAAGACGGCGCGGAAGGCGUGGAGAAAGACGAUAUGGAUAGAAAUACGCAGAUUGCAGAGGAACUGGAGAAGGAGCCCUACGAAUCUGAGGUGAAGGAGUGCCGAGAGUGUGCCGAGAACACUUCCCGUGUCGCAGACCUCUCGGACGAAUUGGAGACGCGAUAUGGUAUCAUCGACGAACUCAGGCGCGAGUUGAAUACUCGAGAUUCGACCAUCGCAGAUCUCAGAGAUGACGAGAAGAAACGACAGGUAUGUGAUGAGGGUACAGCGAAGGAUGCUCAAAUCAAAGCAACGGUGGAAGACUCAGCCACGGUCACCAGCGAUGACGACACUAUCCUGAUCUGUGGCGAGAGCGAAAGAACGGAGUGUACCGCGUGCGCGGAAAAGGACGCUGUGAUUCUGGAGAUGGCCGAGGAGUUGGUGGCGAGCAAUGUAGCUAACACGCAUACGAAUGAGACGUCACAAGGCGACAGUGAAUGCGCAGAUGAUGUGGCCCAAGCAACCGACGCACUCGCGGAUUCGGCCGAGAGUGAGGCUAAGAAAGAGAGCGCGUCACACGAUGGCUGGGGCGGGGACUACGAGUGUGGCGAGUGUGAGCAGUUGCAGGUGGAGUUGGAGUUGAUGGAGGACGAAAUGGACUCUCUCAGAUUGCGUCUGGAAACAGCCGAGAGUGUCGAGACAGUGGGCGAAUGUGUGCCGUGUGCGGAGCGAGCCGCGGUAAAGGGUGGCGAACUGGACAGUCAAGUCGAUGACAAGACAGAUACGGAUGGAUGUGCAAAGUGCGUGCAGUUAGAGGCCACCAUUGACGAAUUGGAAGAGGAGUUGGAGGGGAAGAAGAAGUCCCCCAAAAGCUCUGGAGAGUGUGCGGUGUGCGCCGAAAAGGACGAGAAGAUCGAGAGGUUGGAAGAGGAGCUGGGAGUGAAGCACAGCAAGAGCGAUUCCUCGCAUCGGUGUGGCGCUUGUGGAGGUAACGGUUCGAGUGAUGGGGCGGAGGCGGGUGGACAAGAGGCUGAAAGCGAUGGUAGUGAAGCAGGCCAGGGAGACAGCCAGGAUAGGGUGAAGGCCAAUGGGGAACAGGUGGACAAUGUUGGCGAGAUUGAGGAUAAGGAUGCGUUGAUUGACGAACUUAGACGCGAGUUGGCAGCUAGCAGAAAGGGCGACACCACUGACGAGGGAGGCAGUUCGACGUGCGCGGAGAAGGACGAUACGAUCGAGGAGCAAGAAGUGAUGAUCGAGGUUUUGCGGGAGGAGGUAAAGGAAUUGGAGGCACGUGGCGCAAACACCGAGGGCGACGAGAUGCACGAGGGAACAUGCGGCAAAUGUGCUGAGAGAGACGCGCGCGCGCAGCAUGGGGAGGUGGAGGAAGGUGAUGUUGGCGAGCAGGAAUGCCCUGCAUGCGUACAGAAUAAAGAUGCUUAUGAGAACAAGGAUAGAUUAUUCGAGGAAAAGAAUGCCGAGAUUGGGGAGAAGGUAGAGGCUAUCAGGGCCUUAGAGGCGAAGUUACAGGAGAUGAAGGAAUUAAGCCAUGUAAAUCAACAUAAAACAACAGAGGGAAUAGAUGAGCAGUUGGAAGUGGACGCGACCAGUGCUGAGCAAGCUAAAUAUAACGGUGAUCAAGAGGAAGGAGAAGAUAGUCAGGACGAGAAGAUGACCUGUAAGGAGUGUCUGCACAAGGUUGUUAAGAUCGAGGAGAAGGACGAGUUGAUUGACGAAUUAACACGCGAGUUGGAAGCCAGUAGAAAGGAGGUCAUCACGGAUGACGAAGAUUGUCUGAAGUGUGCGGAGAAAGACGAUGCGAUCAAGGAAAAGGACGAUAUAAUCGAGGAAAAAGAGGUCAUGAUCGAAGUCUUGACGAACGACCUGAAGGAAUUGGAAGAUAGGAGCCAUAACGCGGAGGGCGAUCAGGAAGACUGUGCAGAGUGUGCAGAGAAGAAUGCGAGAAUCGACGAAUUAGAGGCAAAGGAAGAUGCGCCUCUUCAGGGAGAGUGUGGCGAGUGUGUGGCCAAAGAAGAUGUGAUCAAACAGCUACAAGCAGAUGCAACUGGCGAGCAUCGCGAGGGGACAUGUAAGUGCGGAGAACGAGACGUACAGUAUCAGGAUGUGGUCGCGGACGAGCGUGAUGGUGGGCAAGUGUGUCACAAGUGUAUACAGAAUGCGGAACAACUUGAGAGCAGAGAUAAGAUGCUCAGCGAAAAGGAUGCCGAGAUCGACGAGAAGGUCGAGGAAAUAAAGGCGUUGCAGGCGGAUUCGGAGGCGAUGAAGAAGGAAGACGUUGACCCGACCCGCACACCAGCAGGUAGUAAUUGGGUCACCGAAUGUGCGAGUUGCAAGCGAACCAAUACCUCGUUAGUGGUGGUGCGCCCACCUAGUAUCGAGACCAUCGAAGAGCUGCAAAGGCUGGCCGCAUUGGCACAGCCUCUUUCGAAGGGUUUCUUCGGUUUGUUUGGCUCUGUCUCAGAGCCACAUAUACCCUGUAGCGAGUGCAAGGAGAAAGACAACACCAUAGAAGAACUCGAACUCAAACUGUGGUACAAACAACCGGGCGUGGUAGUGUAUGAACGGCCGCCGAAAGAUGAAUCGCUGGAAACGCUGCAAAUGUUGGCGAGAAAGCAGAUCUCAAGCAAGCCUAAACCAGUCUUUACUGAACCUGUUGUGCAAGUCUUCUUGGGUGUUUUCGUAGGAUUAUUCUAUGCUAUGCAGACCAACGAGCACUGGAGAGACUACAAUUUGGCGGACAUGCUGUUGUAUUAGUGAUAGAGGGCACACCAAGUAUGUCGGAAAACCCAUCCUAUAGGUAUGAAGUAUUCGUUUACCUCGAAUGUGAAUGGUGUGCGGGAUGGAGAAAUCCUGCUUACGACUGUCUGCUGAUCCUAAGACGACAUUAAGAAUGAUAAUAUUUGUAUUCGUGUACCAGCCGUUGAGUUAGACAAGGAGCCUUGUUAAAGUGAUCCGAGUUUUCCGGAUAGCAUAGGCCCCUAUACCUUCGGGAUUUGGAAUUACUUCGAAACGAAAAUAGUACAGUUCGAGUGGUGGCAACAAGACUAGUAGUCACCGACAAGUAGACCCGAUAUAGCAUUCGAUGAAGGACUGGUUUGAUUACAAAUGAAAAAGAGAUGUUGUGACGCAUUGUGCGAACACAAAGCCUUCGAUGAAGUUCGUUAAGAAGAGUUGCGGAAUGCACGUCGAGAUAACGAGACUGUUCGAGGCGAAAGUCGGAACCAACACAGCGUCAUUUGGGCCUAGAGACGCAGAAUGUGAUGUAUCAAGAGUGAACAAUAAACCGAACCGUAUGUGUCUAUAGUAACCUCCAAGGCGCUCCGGCAGGGGUUGUAUGCUCACCUGAGACUAAAGGUGCGAGCAGCUGCUACAACGGCUCACGUAAACUGAUUGACCGCCAUUGAGCUUUCCACUGAAUUGCUCGUUAUUUAGUGUCUCUGGUGCUCUGCAACAAGCCCAGCCAAACGACGUGGCCAGGCUCAUCUUCAGUGGCAAUCUGUGGUCUAUACACGUGUAUGUGAUAGCGUAUAUGUGUCCCCGAUGAACUGUAUGCCUUUGGACAGUGGUUUAAUUGUCGAGAUGGCAGAUUAUAGGGGCGUAAUUUAGGAUUUAGCAUGCCAUAUUCGCUGGAUCAUCUCUGACUAAUUCAAGUGGAUUUAGAUGGAUAAAGCACAGCAGGAUUGGGUUUAGAAAUUGUGAUCGAACCUGCCGAGCAUAUUUUUAGGCCACAUUUGAUCCUUGGGGUAUGGAGGUACCAUCCAUCUCUUUGAUUAUCUGACGAUCAGGCUUCACCUUUCGUGAAACGGCGCGAACUGUGAUUCCGGAUGAAAAGCAAAAGAAAACAGCACCGAAAAAUGAACAAGAGUAAAAAAAGUAAAACUUGUAUCGAGUUAGCAGCAAAAGCAACAGGAUUCUUGGGCAUUGGUGGUUCUUCACUCAAAAUAUGAGACGCUACCAUGACCACUGGUGUUCUGGCGGCACUUCAGAAGGACUUCUCUGGUUUUGUUGGUAUGAGAAUUUACAGAUUCUCGAGUGCACCGUGAACCGCCACAAGCGCGAACUGUGGUACAAUAAGGCGGGCGACAGAAUGAUUGUACGAGCGCUCUGCAAUUUAGAUCUUUAUAAAAAUAAUAAAGUUGCAAUCCCACAUGCG